UGACUAUCCAAAAAAUGUCUUUUAAGAUAAGAAAAAAUGAGCGGGCAGGAGCAAAUUCUGGUCAAGAAUGGAGCUCACUUUGCGAUUGCUACCGAUCGCCUCCUUGUCUAACAAACAAAGACUCUGCAAAGUUCAAGAUGGUUAUACUACUUAUGGGAUGAUGAACUACCAUUCUUGCUUUCCUGUGAAGUCGAAAUCAUCGAUCGUAUCUUCUGCCCUACUUGAGACAGUUGCCUCUGUUGCGAUUGCUGCAACUGUUGUUGGUACAGCUGCUUCCAUUCUCAUAAAGAGAACAAAGGCAUCAGAAGUAAAUGAGAAUCCCACGCGAGAGUGUGAAGCUUGUGGUGGUUCUGGAAUAUGCCCAAGCUGCAAAGGAGAAGGAUUUGUAGUGAAGAGAUUGACAGAUGAGAAUGCAGAGAAAGCUAGACUGAAUGCAAAAAAUAUGGCUACCAGAUAUACUGCUGCGCUUCCUAAGAAAUGGAGCUAUUGCAGUAAAUGCACAUCGAGCCGUUCAUGCACUACCUGUGAUGGCAGUGGGAAAAUAAGCUUAUAGCUUCUUUAAUUGCGUCGUAAUUUUGGGUACGUAUUUGAGCUCUGUAAUUCAUUCCCCCAUUCAUUCUCUGUAACAUUCUUCAAGGAGUGGUAUGUAUACUAAACUUCCAAGCUGUAUUUUGAGUAUACAACAUUAAUUAGAGAUGAUUUGAUAGUGAUAAGCUGAUCAACCAUGAAAUUAAUGUUAUCUAAUGAAAUAUGCAUCUGGUUUGAUAUUGUUUAAGAUGAAAUGGAUUGGAAAUUAAUUGGACCA